AUGAGCCGGGCACUUAUAUUGGGCUUGUAUAAUCCCCAAACAAACGAAAAGGGCAAUCAAAAGCUGCCGUCGGAGCGCAGUCACGUAGCUCAGUUCACCAAGGUCAACAAGGGCGGAAGCUGCAAAGAGCCCGGGCAAGAUACCCGACAGGGCCGGAAAAACAAGGCCGUUCCUUUUUCGGAGUAA